AUGCCUGAACAAAGCAACGACUACAGGGUGGUCGUGUUCGGAGCUGCAGGGGUGGGCAAAAGCUCCUUGGUCCUUCGCUUUGUAAAGGGCACUUUCAGGGAAACCUACAUCCCUACGAUUGAGGAUACCUACAGGCAGGUUAUCAGCUGUGACAAGAGCAUCUGCACCCUCCAGAUCACAGACACCACGGGGAGCCACCAGUUCCCUGCCAUGCAGAGGCUGUCCAUCUCCAAAGGACAUGCUUUCAUCCUGGUCUACUCAGUCACCAGCAGGCAGUCCAUGGAAGAUCUUCAGCCUAUCUUUGAGCAGAUUUGCCAGAUCAAAGAGGACAUCCAUAAGAUCCCCAUCAUGUUGGUGGGCAACAAAAGUGAUGAGACCCAAAGGGAGCUGGAUGCCAGCGAGGGGCAAGCCCUAGCCAGCAAGUGGAAGUGUUCCUUUAUGGAGACAUCAGCCAAAAUGAACUACAACGUGCAGGAGCUCUUCCAGGAGCUCCUGAAUCUGGAGAAGAGGAGAACUGUCAGUCUCCAGGUGGAUGGGAAGAAAUCCAAGCAGCUGAAAAAGAAAGACAAGCUGCAAGGCAAGUGCUCUGUUAUGUGA